AUGGCUUCCCGUCUUCUUGUCUCUGGCCUCCCCCGGUCCCUCCCUCCCCUUCCUCCGGGGCCUGCCCCCACCUGCAUUCCCUGCGUCGAGGGGCGGCAGCGCGCUGCUCCUCACUCCUCCGAGUUUCCUCCGACAGAGGCUCCGCUGCAGACGCUUCACAUGGACGUGUGGGGCCCAGCCCGCGUCCGUGGGCAGGGUCACGAGCGUUACUUCCUGCUGGUGGUUGACGACUACUCGCGUUACACCGCAGUCUUCCCCUUGCGCAGCAAGGGUGACGUCACUGAGGUGUUGAUCGCCUGGAUCCGCGCAGCUCGUCUCCAGCUCCGGGAGAGUUUCGGCUCGGACUUUCCUGUUCUGCGUCUGCACUCCGACAGAGGCGGAGAGUUCUCCUCUGACCUUCUGCGGGCUUUCUGUCGUGCACGGGGCAUCCGCCAGACCUUCACGCUUCCGGACUCUCCGCAGCAGAAUGGGAUUGCUGAGCGCCGCAUUGGCAUGAUCAUGGACGUCGCUCGUACGUCCAUGGUCCAUGCGGCUGCCCCCCAUUUUCUGUGGCCGUUUGCGGUUCGGUACGCGGCGCAUCAGAUCAACCUUCACCCCCGGGUCUCCAUGCCGGAGACCUCCCCUGCUUUGCUGUGGACGGGGAAGGCUGGCGAUGCGUCUGCGUUCCGUGUCUGGGGAUCUCGGGCGUUUGUCCGCGACUUGUCUGCGGACAAGCUGUCCCCUCGUGCUGUUCCCUGCGUCUUCCUUGGCUUCCCUCCUGACGCGCCAGGCUGGCAGUUCUACCACCCCACCUCGCGCCGUGUUCUGUCCUCCCAGGACGUCACCUUUGACGAGUCGGUUCCCUUCUACCGUCUCUUCCCCUACCGCACUGCGUCCCUCCCUCCCCCGCCGCUCUUCCUUACGCCAGGUCCCCCUCCGGUAGACCCCCUCCCCCCUCAGGGUCCUGCUCCCUCAGGUGUGUCCCAGGUAGAUGUACUCGAGCCUGUCGAGGUAGCUGUUGACUCUGGUGCUGCUGGGGGUGCUGAGCCUGGGGGUGCUGCGACUGGGGGUGCUGAGCCUGGGGGUGCUGCGCCUGGGGGUGCUGAGCCUGGGGGUGCUGCGCCUGCGGGUACUGAGCCUGGGGGUGCUGAGUCUGGGGGUGCUGUGUCUCGGAGUGCGGAGCCUGAGGGUGCUGGGCCUGCUCGUGUGGCGUCUGGUGGUGCUGGGCCUGGAGGUUCUUCGGGUGCUUCGUCCCGGCGGGAGCUACUCUCUCCACAGGAGCUGCGUGAGUGGUUUGCCCGGCGCUGGAGGCGUGCUGCUGGAGCUGGCGGUGCUACGGACGCUGGAGGUUCUGCUGCUGCUGAGGGUGCUGGUGCAGCGGGUCCCGGAGGUGCUCGUACAGGGUGUACUGGAGCUGCUGGGCCUACGGGUGCUCCUGGUGCUGGAGCUGGUGGUGCUACUGGUGCUACUGGCGUUGGUGCUGCUGGUGCUCCUGGAGCUGGAGCUGCUGCGUCUUCUGGUGGUCCGACUGGAGCUGGAGCUGCUGGGGGUGUUAGCACUGGUGGUGCUCCUGGCGCUGGUGCUUCUGAGGGUGCUGGAGUUGGCGCUGCUGGAGCUGGGGGUACUCCUGGUGCUGGUGCUCCCGUUGGGGGUGCUGGUGCUGUUCCUGCUGGUACUGGUGGCGCUGCGCGGCCGCGGCCGUACUUCGUUCCGCUCCUUGAGCAGGUUCUUGGUCUUCCGUCCUCUCUUGGUCCUGCUCCUCCCUUAGAGUGUCCGCAACCUGUACAGUCUGAGUCACAGUUACCGCCCGCCUCCCCGCUUCCUUCUCCUUCUCCCUACACUGGUCCUACUGGAGGUCUUGCUGAGCGUCGUGAGCCUGCGUCUCGCCCUGCGUCGCCUGUCCGUGCUGCUCGCACUAGUGGUCGUGGUUCGCGUCAGCGUCCUCCCCCUGUCCCCGGCACGCACCGGAUGUCUCUGCGUCCUUCCACUGCUCCACUGCGUGCCCCUUUGCCUUCUCCUCCCGCGUCCUCUCUUCCUGACCUUCCUGACCCUGAGUCGGACUCCCUUCGUGCUGCGCGUCCUACUGUCACGCGUCUCCUUGCUACUGUCGUCACUGACCCUUCUUUUGAGUCUACUGCUGCGUCUGCCCUGGUUGCUGAGCUUGUCGACUUCGCUGCUCGCUGUCGCCUAGACUACGCUGCCAGUCUCGUCGCUGGGUCUGAGUCUGUCUGUCCUCCGUCCGUCGGGGGUGAGUGUGCUCUUGGCACGGACGUCCUUGAGGACAGGCAGGAGGAGUUCCAGUGCUUGGCUGCUGCUUCACCUCAUCUCGUGUCCAUGCUGCUUGCCCUUGAGGGAGACCCGGAUGCACUUGACAUCCCGACUCCGCGCUCUUACGCGGAGGCGAUAGAGGGUCCCUACUCCUCUCAGUGGCAGGCAGCCAUGGAUGCAGAGAUGGCUUCCUGGAAGUCCACAGGCACCUACGUUGAUGAGGUUCCCCCGCCUGGGGCGAACAUCGUCAGUGGCAUGUGGAUUUUCAGGGUGAAGCGGCCGCCGGGUUCUCCGCCUGUCUUCAAGGCGCGUUACGUGGCUCGUGGCUUCAGUCAGCGGCAGGGAGUUGACUACUUUCAUACCUUCUCUCCCACCCCGAAGAUGACCACUCUUCAGGUACUGCUGCACAUAGCCGCUCACCGCGACUACGAGCUGCACUCUCUUGACUUCAGCACUGCUUUCUUGCAGGGCAGCCUGCACGAGGAGAUCUGGCUGCGCCGCCCACCUGGCUUCACUGGGACUUUUCCUCCUGGCACCCAGUGGAGCCUCCGGCGGCCAGUCUACGGUCUCCGCCAGGCACCUCGUGAGUGGCACGACACACUGAGGACUACACUUGCGGCUCUUGGGUUUGCUCCUUCUACUGCCGACCCGUCGCUGUUUCUGCGCACCGACUCUUCUUUGCCGCUGUUCUACAUCCUCGUGUACGUCGACGACUUGGUCUUUGCUACAGCUGACACUGCUGGACUUGCCUACGUGAAGUCCGAGCUGCAGAAGAGACACACGUGCACAGACCUGGGUGAACUGCGCAGCUACCUUGGCUUGCAGAUCACCCGGGACAGAGCACAGCGCACCAUUACCCUGACUCAGUCACACAUGGUGCAGCAGGUCCUUCAGCGCUUCGGCUUCACGUACUCCUCGCCUCAGGCCACUCCUCUGGCUACACGCCACUCGCUCUCAGCUCUGCCUUCGGAUGAGUCCGUAGAGUCGAGUGGCCCAUACCCAGAGCUUGUUGGCUGCCUCAUGUACCUGAUGACCUGCACUCGACCUGACCUUGCAUACCCUCUUAGCAUUCUGGCACGCUAUGUUGCUCCUAGGAGACACAGACCAGAGCACAUGGCUGCAGCGAAGAGGGUGUUGCGCUACUUGUGCAGUACGUCGGGCAUGGGGCUUGUGCUUGGAGGGCAGAGUCCAGUGGUCCUCACUGGUCACGCAGACGCUUCUUGGGCUGACGACCAGGCUACGCAGCGGUCGUCACAGGGUUACACCUUCAGCCUUGGUUCCGGCUCUGUUUCUUGGCGGUCUACCCGCUCGUCUUCUGUUCUCAGCUCCAAUUGUGAGGCUGAGAUCUACGCAGGGGCCAUGGCUGCACAGGAGCUACGCUGGCUCACCUACCUGCUGACUGACCUGGGAGAGCCGCCUCGUUCUCCUCCAGUGCUGUACGUAGACAACAAGGCCAUGCUGGCCUUGUGUCGAGAGCACAGACUGGAGCACAGAACGAAGCACAUCGCUCUUCGCUACUUCCUUGCUCGUGAGCUGCAGCAGCGUGGUCAGCUGCGCCUUGCUUACGUGGCCUCUGAGGCCAACACUGCUGAUAUCUUCACUAAGGCACUCGCGCCUUGUGAUCAUCAGCGCUUCUGUACUCUGUUAGGUCUUGUGCCUACCUUGCCUCACUUGCUUACUUCUUGA